AUGGAAUUAUUAAGAGUUAACGAACAUCAUCAGUAUAAUAGUGAUUCAACAGACUUGAUACCACUAUAUCCAAAAACAGACAAAUUCUAUUACAUUUCACAAUCUUCAGGCAUCAUUCCUGUGAAGACAGCGGAUGAACUUGUAUUCCAGAGUCAAGGUAAUAUCGAAGGCCAAAUUCAUACAUUCAAUAGCAAAUCAAAACUAUCAGAGAAUAUAAAGAACAAGCUCAAUAUUGAGUCAUUAUCUACCUCGGUUGGUAGAAUCUUUAUUUUAUGUCUUGAGGAAAGCAGGAAUCAAGAAUAUUGGGUAUCAUGCAGUGGAUUCUGUGUCAGUCAAGAUAUAGUGGUCAGUUCGGCCCUAAAGGAUAGCGUUGGAGUCACCAAAAAAAGAGUUUAUAUAUAUUUCGGAGUCGAUGCAACUGUCGGCGAGGAAUUGGAUUUGGAUGACAUCGAAGAUAACCCAGAUGUCUAUGAAUUGAAAACCGUCAAAAGAAACGAUCAGAUUGAGUUUUUUAGAUUCAGCGACGAAGAUUCCCCACCUAAUGUUAAGUACCUGCUGCCAACCAUCGCAGAACCCUCAUUGGAUCAGCAGCCCAUUCUCAUUGGAUUUCCUACCUACACCAAUAUGGACGAUUUCAGAGAUGAUUUCUCUGGCGAUUCAGCUGGACUGUCGACAUCGGACAUCGACGGCAUCUACAGAAAGCUAUCGAGAGACACCAGAGGUUUCCAACGUCGUAUUGUUUCCAUUUCCAAGACACCAAUUUCAUCGAGUGAUAGCAAAACCAUCAAACACAAGUGCAAUACAUUAUAUGGAAUGACAGGUGGCGCACUCGCAACCGGCCAAACCGAUUAUCAGUUUAUCGGUAUUCACUUGGAGGGAUUAAAAUCCGAACAAUCAAACAUUGCACUUUCAGUUACCAGCGCCAGCUUCUUUCAGUUCUACAAAACCUAUGUUUUAUCCAACAACAGCUUUUUAAAGAGACAUGGCUCCACCUUACAAUCAUACAUUGAUCAUUGUCAAAAGUUGAAUCUCUAA